AUGAACGCAGCAAUCGGUGGUCUAGGAAUCGGUAUCGGCCUAACCCUCCCGCCUCUCGACGACGUCAAGCCCAAAUCUGCAACCCUAUCAACACUCGGUCUCGGACAACCACAGUUGCGAUGGCCAUAUUCGACACGCUCCCACAGCAGCACCCACACCUUUGGAGGAUACGAUAGCUCGCCCACCCCAAGCAGCUCUUCUUCCUCCGAAUCCGAGCCUAGCGUCAAGCAGCGCAGUGCCAGUGGAUCGGCCACCCACGAUGUGCUGUUGAGCUAUUUCUCGCCGGAUCUGUCUGAUGCUGGUGUGGGGGAGGAAGAGACGAGUGCGAAGAAGGUGUAUCUGCUGUCGAGCGGGUUGAAGAACCCGAAGAGGAAGGUGAGGAGUAAGUCUGAGACGUUCAAGUUUCCACUUCCGCCCGGCAAGACGAUGCCGUUGAAAUCAGCGCUUAGAUCGACCUCUGCAAAGUUCCAUUAUACCAGUCCACCACUCCGGAGCUCGUCCGGACCAGGAUGGAGACAUCGAUCCUGGAUGCCCCUCUCUCCGGCGCUGGAAGAACCACGUUCCGGAUGGUCGCCUUACUCCUCAGUCGCGCCGACCCCGCGUCAAGCUUCCCACUCUCACAGAUUCAGCCUCGACUCGUCUUCUUCCGUAGAAAGUCAACCACCGACGUACGAGUCAGCUGCAAACCUGCCGAGGUACUCUUUCGCUCGGAAUGCAGGCGGUUCCUCGUCUUCGUGCUCUUCCCAGACACUUGUCUCGGAGGAGAGCGAGACCGAUUCCGGUGUCGAGACGGACGAGGGGCUGGGUUCGGAGGAUGCAGCGAAGCUUGCGAGGCUCCAUGCGAGCUUAAUGUUGCUGAAUGGUGGGGUGAGCGAGCUACCGCUUUCGGCGGGGUCAAUCGAAAAAGACAAGGUGGUGGUGGGUGGGAGUGUGGAGGAGAAGAUGGCAUACUUGUGUGGGUUAGGGUACAGGUAUCGUAGAGGAAAGGGAAGUCAUGGGAGGAAACGCUCGAGCGACUCUGUCGAACAUCGCGAGAACGAGCACGGCGAAGGUGAAUUGCGGCAAGGAACAGUGGAGAGUUUUGCUCCCAAGGUGGUGGGUGCAGAUAAGAUGGUUAGAGUGGUUUCCAACGUUGCGUCUGCUGUGACUUCGGGCCAGAGCAGUCCCAUCCUGGGUUCGAUGCUUUCCUCGAGUUUCGAUCAAGACGAUGCGAAGGGUGAAGCGGACCAUUAUUUCGACCACGAUCAAGACGUCACCAUCCGUCCACACUUCCAACCAGAAUCCAGCGCUUCCGAAGACUUCCUGGGCGAAGACUUCAGCUACUUGGUAGAUGACGAUCUCAUCAACUCGCAAGAAUGGCAGUCAGACGCGGUAGAGACAUGCGCUUCAGUUGAAAGCGGAUUGAUGACGCCCCCCUUGACGACGCCGGAACUGGGAUUGGAUGGCGCCUCGCCCAUGUUUUUGGACAAGUGGCCGUCGCCGUUCCCCGCCCAGAGUAGUUCAGCAACCACGAGAUCUUUCUCGCCAAAGCAGGUCGAUCUUGCGGUGAUCGAUGGAUGUAGGCCUUACUCGACAAGUUCCUCAAUCUACCCUUUCAGGUUCAACUCUUCCCUGCAACCAAGCUUUUCGCAGCCGGCGUCGUCGUUGACCAGCUCCGCCUCCUGCCCAGUAUCGAUCUCUAAUCUCGCAUCGGAGAAGCAGACAGGUCUGGACGAGGAAGGAAACGGCACCGACUUGGAGGAAGAAGCGCAGAUCUCACAAGCUCGCCGAACAACCAUCUCUGCGUGUUCAGUGCUCAAUCGACCUCGACCCGUCCCAUCCCGUUCAGGAGACGGUCACGGUCACUUUUCCUUCGCCAACAAAGAUCUUUCUCUACCUCGGUCCAAGAGUUCUCAGCCGCGACUGGGCGCUAGGCCGAAACUCGCCUUCUCGCAAUCAGAACAGACGAUGCCAAAGUCUGCCUCUACCACGGCCAUUCCGAGGCAGAUCAAGGUACCACAACGCAAAAGUUCGCUCGACAUACGUGCUGAAGCUCAUCUGCAUCAGAUUGCGGAACAGCGUUCUGCCGUCGUCCCUACAGAUGCAGUGCCUCGAAUGAACAUCCGUCAAGAACUGCCAAGGGACCAGUAUCAUUCUUCAGCAGAAGCCUAUCUGCAGCCUGUCACGCAUCGCGAUCUGCCAUCGACAACGCAGGUUCAGCGUCAUGACGAGAGAGAGGUGUGCGCGUCGGCAGGUAUCACAGCCAAAACGCGUCGUCGUGGUUCGGCGGGCGGAAGCGAGAUGGGAGGUUUGAUGACGAAGUCGUUCUCCCUGCCAGUACUGUUCACCGCUCGUACACCAUCACAACGAGCUCGUGGCGAGACAGGUUUGGCGCGCGACCGGGCUAGGAGAAAGUCGGUGGUGUUUGCUGGACCGCUGAUCGACGAGGAGGACGACGACGGAGUGCUGAGGGUCGCACCGCCGAGGGAGGGCGUGCUGGUGGUUGAGGAGCAAGUGACGACUGUCGGUGUCGCUUUUUGA